GUCAUCAUGUUAUGUGUGUGUGUGUGUGUGUGUCUGUUGCGCUACGGUGUGUUUUGGUUGUUGAUAUUGCUGUUGUGUUUGAUGACGUGCUUGGCCGCCCGCUGCCCCGACAGCCAGGCGCCCGUCACACACUGGUGGCCCUCGCGGGACGUCGCCUCACCUACCACCAUCACCAAUCAGGACAUUCAACACCCUCCAGGCCACCUAGCUCGCCUGUGGCAUGGGCUGCCUGUCUUGUGGUACCUGCUAGGAUGAGGUGUCCGUCGUAUUCGGGCGACGACAGCUCCACAAUGUCGGCCUCAUCAGAACCCUGCACCAGUGACACAUGAAUCCGGGUAUCUCUCUCGGCGUCUGUGUGACACUGUGUGACCUACCUUUGCGAUGUAGCUGUAGCUGCCGAGCGCCUCUGGCUCGGUGUCCCAGUGGGUGACCUUCCAGUCCAACAGACGAGGCAACACAUCUACGCCUUCGCCCUUUAGAUGUGCACACACAAGGCACACAUGCAUACCCGAGGCUGUUUGUGCAUAUGGUGUGGUGUGUUGUGUUGUGUUGUGGUGUGUUAUGUGUACCAGGUGUUGCUGCAGGUGCUUGAACAUGGCGCGAAGCACAUCCAAACAGUCGUCAACCACCUGGUCGUUGGAUGCCAACACACACACACACACAGAGAAGCCAGCUGAGAGAAGUACUAUGCUAUGCAGUGCGUGCAUCCCACCCCCGCCUGCCGACGUACGGACCUGUUUGUCGUCUUUGCCAUUGUACCCGAUGGAUAGCGGGGGGUACACGUGCACACACAGAGUACCGCUCCUCCCUGCACACACGCACCAAGACACACAAUGUAACACAGAUGGAUGGAUGGAUGGACACACCGGCCUCCCUGUCAGCCAGCAGACCGUAUGGGUGUAGGUUGAGUAUCUGUAUGGGGUAGUCGGCCUUUGUUGUGGCGAUGUUGACACGGCUGCCGUACUCACGCCAGAAGGGAUGCUCAUGCCCACUCUCGUCACUGCCAUGGUCGGUGUGGCCUCCUCCACGUGUGGCAGCGAACCGCAGAAAGAUCUUGCCGUGUGUGCCCAUGCCCAGCCGCCCGAUGGACGCCCGCUUGCCCGCUGACAAAGGGGGAUCGAACCCCACCAAACUGACACACACACGACACACACACGACACACACAUAUGCAGAGAGGCGUGGCAGGACGGUUGCAGAUUGCAGCACAUGGUGAGGUGGGUCUUUACCUUCUCUGGAGUGUGUCGCUUUGGUCGAUUUGGUGUUGUCUGCGGUGGCACUUGAGCGAGGCCUGCAACACGCCGAGCGGCAGCGUGGCCACCACAUACCGACAACGAUACACCUGGCAGACACACACACAGACAGAUACGCAGGCACACCAGUCCAUCAGUCCAUCCAUCCAGUUGUAUGGUGCACAGUGGUGUCCCGUCCCGUCGUCCCUCUGACCUUCUUGGGUGCGGUUGCAUCGUCGGCCAGGGUGACCUCCAUCAGCCCACCGCCCCCCACAUCGCCCCCACCAUACGCCACACCCACCACACCGCACCCGUAGUGCACGUCAGCUCUGCCCCCGAUCUCGCUAAGCAGGGGCUCUAUCACAAGUUUGCCGAACCCGUUGACCACCAGCCAGUCCUUCCGGCUGAGGUGCUCCUCAGUCUUGUUCGGCACACACGCCUCCAGGCCCUGCUGGGGCAUGAAGGCCGCCUGCUCCUGCACGCCGGCGGCGUACUCGUGGAGGAAUGCGUCUCUGUCUUGGGCGUAUCUGGCGUCGUCGUCCCAGGUGUCGGGUGCGGCGGUGAGGUAGCGGAUGUGUUUGUGUCGGAUGUGGUCCUGGUGGGAGGCGUCGAGCGGCUCCUCCCACCGCCAUACAUCCGUGUGGUACAGGGGGCUGGGGUACCGACACAGCAGGUCCACAAAGUGCUCGUAGUGAGCUGACCGACAGAGACAUACACCAGACAGACAACAAAAAAGACAAUGCCAGCUAAUGAAUGGAUGAAACGGGGAUCGAUCUCUCUCUCUCUGUCUGUCUGUUUCUCCCGCUGGGCGUAUGUGUUGCGGCGUGUGUGUGUGCCGUACCGUCGAGAUCGGCUGCCGUGGCACACAUGGCCCAGUCCGUCCCCUUCAUCUUGUCGAUAAUCCGCUCGUCCAUCUCAUCCCAGUCGCCCGCGCCCCCGUAGCCCAGCCGCUGGCGCACCACAGGCAGGUACUUGCGGAAGACGCUCUCCAGGUCCGCCGCAUUGUCGCCCAUGGCCAGGCCGCAGCUGAUGUCGCUGUGGUAGACAUCAGGCAGCGGCAGCACUGACGUCACGGUGGCCGGGGCGUCCCGCUGUGCUGCAGGGGGACGAGAUGGGGAUUUAUUGCGCGUGCUGGCGGCCUUGGUGGGUCGGCUGGUGUUGUCUGGGCCGCU